CAUUGCACAACUCUCGUCGGCUCGUAAGAAACAACAGGCAACAGGCUGAAUUCACCCAUCAUGUCGGCUUUCGCCAAUUCUCUAUAUGCCUCGCCAUCGAAGAUGACCGGAGUUCCUGAGUCAUGUCCGAGUCGACAAGUAUAGUGACCACUAAGGCCUGUGACAAGUGUCGCAGCCGCAAGACGAAAUGCAUUCCAAGCAUGGAGGAUGGCAGAAAAUGUCGAGGCUGUUAUGAUCAAGAUGUGGACUGCGUGAGGACUCAUCAAUCGAAACGGCCGGGGCCUCGAACAAUACGCGAGAAAAAACUUGACAGCGUCGGAUCAGCUCGUCAUACGUCGUCAACACUGUACUCGAAUAAUGCUGAUCAACUAUCUUCAAGACGUUCCAGCGAAAGGGCCGUUUCGCAUUCGCCAUCAAGUAGAAGAGGCUUACAUGGCCAGUCAGCAAUCUUCUCCGUCUGUUCCGGAAAUUGUGGUCCGGUACUGCAAUCUCCUAACCAAAUCGUUGGUCCCCUUGCACAAGAAACCUUCGAUACUACCGGAGUCGAAACGGAUGGCGACCUCGAUAACAUGCCGUUCGACGGUGCCAUGGAUAAUAGAUCGGAUGGACGUGUUUUCGACAGACCGGUCGUCUCUGUCGAUUCACAGGCUUGCGAUCAUACGUUGCGUCCCGGCCGGGACUCAUCAAAUUUUCGAGCGGGUAUCAACAAUGAACGAUCUGAUUAUGUGCUUCAUACUUCGCGAACAUCCGACGGACCCCAGGGGAAUCUCCCGAUCGGAACCUCUCUGGAAACACCUCUAGUAGUCGUACCGCCAGACCACAGUCGAGCAUGUUGGCCUGACGCUCAACAAGCCGUUCCACAGAUAGAGGCGGUGCUCAAAUGGCCCGUCGUCAUAUUCUUCCUGGCCCUCUAUACCAAACAUCAGCACCAUCUCAUGCCCCUGGUUCAUAAACCAACUUUUGCGCAAGACGUCUUGAGCCGGAAAGAUCGCCACGACGAGGUCUUUCGAGCUCUACUGCUUUCCCUAGUGGCAUAUGCGAUCUGUCAGCUACCCAAGAGCGAGAUGACCGAAGCAUAUACACACGCGGAGCUGGAGGAGUUUGCCGCUAGUAGCUACAAAGCAAGUCGAGCGAUUGCAGCGAGAUAUCUGAGACGGCCGACUCUGUCGCUGCUUGUCAGCAUGAUUGGCAAUUAUCACUAUUGCAAGGCGAGCUUGCAGGUCGAGAUGAGCCAAGUCACGCUAGCGGAGAUUGUGGGACUUGUUCAUGCACUCGGGAUCGACAAGCCCCAUUCAGGGGAUGAUGCUGAUGCGAUUACAAGGGAGCUAUCGCGGCGAACUUUUUGGUAUGUCUUCAAUCUGGACAAAACCGCGGCGAUCGGAGGAGAGACAAUGCUUAUGUCCGGUAUCGACGAAGUCCCACCCUAUCCGAUCGAGAUCGACGACGAAUACUUGACAUCACAGGGUCAUUUCCCUCAACCUGAUAUAUCGCCAUCUUACAUGACGGGCUUUGUCCUCAACUCCAGACUCUUCAACAUCUUGUCGGAAUGUUACUUCAGGCAUCGGAACAUAGAAUUCCUGAUGCGUGCUGGCCUAAGUAAGGCGACGCUUAGCGAUUGGGUCAAACAUCAGCAAGGCGCACUUGGUCGGACUGUGGAGUUCCUGUGUACGAGCGGGAUCUCCACCACCGUUGUGUCUUCCCCUCAACAUGACCUGUUCGCUAUACAACGAGCAAACAUCUUGGUGACCGCCGCGAUCCUCGAAUUGGCGCUGACAACCCUUGAGCCCUCGCUCGACGCGCGCAAAGAACGAGAGACUAUCACGAAGACCGCUUAUGAAUUGCUAUUGACUUGCGAGUACAAACACCUAGGCCAGAGCGGCCAGAGCAUGCGUUGCAAAAUCUUUCACAUCGUGCUCUCUGUGAUAUCCGCGACAACCCAAGACUGGAUCCCUGAAGAUGAUGUUCGCGAUUGGUGGGAAGUGUACUCGCAGAUCCAGUGGGUCCAGAUGACGCCACUGGAUUCUCAUCUCGCUUUACCUAACAGAUAGAGAUGACCCCUUGGCAAAGCAGCUGCUAAUCGCCAAUCGCCGGUGUAUAAUUGGCUCAAAACCCAAGUCAAGCCCUAACAAUAUAUAGCAAGAAAACAUGCAAGCGAUUGGUGCUCCAUUGGUUGAUGAUGAGUGCCGGCUGGAUCGUGC